AUGGCUGUUUUCCGGCUGUCGUUGUUGCUGCAAGUGGGGUUUGUGAUCGGUUCGAACCAUAAAUACGCGGAGUGGUCCGCGCAUGGGGAAGACAUCGGGGCACAGGGGGCGACUCGCGGCGCUCAGACGCACCGUCGGCAGCUGGCGCAUCUCCGUGCGCCUCAUCCUCCUCCCGCGGAGACGGCGGAGCUGGCGCAGAAAAUAGAGGAGCAUCUCCCCCGGGUGGUCACGGCUUUUCUACACACGGGGGACUCGGCCACCUUAAAGCACGCCAACUGCUCGCGGAGGUACGAGCUCACCUCUCUGCGGGGAAGGUCACACGCGACCCCGCAUUACUCCAUGAGCGGCGUGCUGGAUACGGUGCUGCACGCCACAAACUUCCUCAACAUGAUACUGCAAGCCAACAGGUCCAGGGAGCAGAGUCUCCGGCGAGACAUCGAGUGGUACCAUGCCUUAGUCAGGAGUAUACUGGAGGGGGACGCCAAGAUUCACCGGGCGGUUGUCACUUUCAUCGCGGAUCCAUCCGUGGCGGGGCCCUCGGUGCUUCUGCAAGCCACCAGGGCCGGUGGAGAGAUAGUCCUCCAAGACCUCUCCGGCAUGGCCCAGCGCUAUCUGCACAACCGCACGGCGGACACAGAGUGGUACCACGAAGUUAAAGACAGGAAGAAGCCGAGUUUCCAAAAGAGGGUGCUGAGCCAAGAUUUUGCAUCAGUUGACAAUUCUUUAAAAAGAGGAGAGAGUUUCAUCCCAGACAGGACACACGUCAAAUGGUCCGCGCCCUACCUGGAGUGUGAAAAUGGGAAUUUUGUUCCCCGGUGGCUUUUGACCUUAUCGGCUGCUUUCUAUGGCCUGAAGCCCAACCUGGCUCCUGACUUCAGGGGCGUGGUGCGAGUGGACAUUAAUCUGCAGGAUGUUGAUAUCGACCAGUGCUCCACUGAUGGCUGGUUUGCCGGAACCCAUCGAUGCAACCUGACCACUAUGGAGUGUUUGCCAAUCCAUGGCCAUGGAUUUGUCCUAGACAAGUACAAGUGCCGGUGCAAGAAAGGAUUCUACCACCCCAACAGAGUGGCUGUCAGUGGCUUUACACGGAUGGGGAGGAAGGGAAAAGCUGCAGACAGCGGCCCCAACGCAGACGAGGGGUCCUCCAGCGACUGCCUGCCGUGCCAGCAGGGCUGCGCCUACUGUAAGGACGACACCCCCUGCGUGGCACGAGAGGACGGCGCUCUUCGCAUGGCCGUGCUCUCCUUCCAGUGCCUCUGCAUGCUCGUUGUCUUCAUUAGCAUGGUGCUCAUCUACCAUUUUCGGAGGAAUAAGAGUAUCCGAGCAUCGGGUCUAGUCCUACUGGAGGCCAUCCUGUGUGGAGCUGUGCUUCUCUACUUUCCGGUUGGGAUUCUUUAUUUCCAGCCGAGUGUUUUCCGAUGCAUCCUACUGCGAUGGGUCCGACUGCUGGGUUUUGCUACCGUCUAUGGGACACUGACUCUUAAGCUGUACAGGGUGCUGAAGGUGUUCCUCUCCAGGACAGCCCAGAGGAUCCCCUAUAUGACCAGCUGGCGAGUGCUGCGCCUGCUUGGGAUCAUCCUGCUUAUCGUCUGCUGGUUCCUGGUGGCUUGGACAUCCGCAGUCUGCCAGAACCCGGACAGGAAGUCAGCUCUCAUCGACGUGGGCUACACGCCCGAGGGGCUGCAGUUCAGCAUGUGCCUGCUGGAUCGCUGGGACUACAUGAUGGCUGUCGCUGAGUUCCUCUUCCUGCUGUGGGCAGUGUACCUGUGUUACGCUGUGAGGACUGUGCCGUCGGCGUUCCACGAGCCUCGCUACAUGGCCAUCGCUGUUCACAACGAGCUCGUCCUGUCGGCGAUAUUCUACGUCAUCAGGUUCACUCUUGCUCCUGAGUUCCAUCCAGACUGGAUGCUUCUAUUGUUCUUCACCCACACCCACUUAACUGUAACAGUUACACUGGGUCUACUACUCAUUCCUAAGUUCCUGUUUGCUGGAACCCACAUGAGAGAUGAUAUAGCCUCUGAGGCCUAUGAGGACGAGCUGGACAUGGGUCGGUCUGGGUCGUACCUAAACAGCAGCAUAACCUCUGCAUGGAGCGAACACAGCCUGGACCCUGAGGACAUUCGGACACCAGACGAAAUGGGCCAUCUCAGUUCUAUUAAUGGCUGUGGCGUAAGGUCUUGUGACAGCCUUUGGGAAAAACGUACCAACGAGGAGCUGAAGAAACUUUACUCCCAGUUGGAGAUUUACAAGAGGAAGAAGAUGCUGGCAAACAACCCUCAUCUCCAGAAGAAGCGGAGCUCCAAGAAAGGGCUGGGUCGCUCACUAAUGAGGCGCAUCACUGAAAUUCCUGAAUCUGUGCACCGGCAAUGCAGCCGUGAUGACAAGGAGGCUGGGGAACAUGGGAGCAAUCGUAACAGCAUUUGUAUGUUGAAAAAGAGCCCUUUUGAUCCGCCUCACCUAGGAAAACCAGCAAAGGACGAGAUGCUAAAGAACAAGGUUUUCUCCCUGAAGAAGUCUCACAGUAGCUACGACCACGUCCGUGACCAGAGUGAAGACUCCAACAGCACGGCAACAGACAAGAUGGAGGUGACCACAGCUGAAGGCUCCAUCCUGGAUACGCUUAUAGGCAAGAAGCUAGUCAAGAAGAAAUCUAGUGAGAAUAUAAAUGCCCCCAGUGAAUCUACGGAAUCAGUUCCUUUGGUCUGCAAGUCAGCCAGUGCCCAUAACCUCACUGCAGACAAGAAACCAAUUCAUCCCAAAGCCUCCAUGCUGCAGAAGUCGCUCAGUGUCAUCGCCAGUGCCAAAGAGAAGACGUUGGGCUUCACAGGAAAGACCCAGUGUGCAGAGGACAGCAAUAAGAAGAGUCAGCCAAAGAGCAAAGACACAAGGGCCAGUGCAGAGCCAGAAAAUGAAUGCCAACCGAAGAUGAUUGUUAGCCAGUCGGUUGAGUACAAACAAAGUACGGGAAAAGGUAGGAUCACUAAACAGUCGGUGAGUGGCAGCCAGCCUACAAUCUGUUCCGAUCCAGUCAAGGGAAAGGACCUCUAUGAUCUCUCAGAAGUGUGCCCUUGGGAAGUAGAAGAUCUCCCAACUCCGUCUGAAAACAAGGUCCAAAAGCACGUAUCUAUAGCGCCAAAGGAAACCACAACGGUUCACGGAGGAACAACCAAGGGAGGCAAAUCUCAGCAGCAGAAGCAGAGAGGCUCUGAUCAAUCUCCAUCGAGUGGCAGGAACUCAAAGGAGAUUCAGAGGACAACUGCUGUUCGAGCAGAGGUAUGUCCCUGGGAGGAUGGAGGUGAGAGUAAUACUAUUGAAGUGGAGGGGUCAAAGCAACAAAUAUCCAGUCAGGCUAGCCAACUUGCUAAAACACAGCAGCCUCAUUCUGCGGUCGAAAGCUCCAAAACACAUCGGGCAGACGUUUGUCCAUGGGACUUUGAAGAGGCUCAAAAGACAACAGAGUUACCUCACUCACCAGAUAUGACAAAGCAGAGAAAAGGCACCUCUCCCAUGGAUGGGAGAGGGAGAAGUACCCUUUUGGAUCCAUCCAAAAUAGGAGGCUCACUCCAGCCACCGACUUCAAAAGCUGAUGUAUGUCCAUGGGACUAUGACAGUACUGCAGUAUCUCCGAAUUCUGAGAGAACACCUAGUCCCUCUCGAUUUUCCAAAACCAAGGAAUCCCCUUCAAAAAAGAAGGGUACCCCUUCAACAAGAACACUUGAAAAAGAGAAAUCAAAAGACAGUGAUGAUGAGAAAAGUAGAACAAAAGCUAAGGACAAGAGUAAAUCUUCAGAGAAACACGUGAGCCAGCAAAAAGUGGCUGAGGUAUGCCCGUGGGAUGUAGAGAGUCAUCAGGAGGUGCCGUUGGUAGAAAAAAGGAAAAGCGCAAAUGUUGGAGCAGCCAAAGGAAAACAGGCUGAAGUCUGUCCAUGGGAUUUUGAGGAUACGUCAGAUAAAAAAGUUACAGACAAAAGUGCUUCUGUUGUGAAACAGAGCAAUCCAAAUCCUAAAGGCGGAGUUCUAAGUGCUGCUAAAAAGGCAGAUGUUUGUCCCUGGGACUUUGAGGAUAGCACAUCAAGUAAGAAGGCAUGA